AUGGCCAAUGUUGAGCGUACGGCGAAAGAUACUAUGAACGUUGUGACGGAGUCAGGAUCGUCUAACGAAACACCGGAAAUAAAGCGGGGCAGUGGCGCUCUUUGCAAAGACAUUGCAUCUGAAUCCCAGGUGAUGGCCUGCGACUAUAUAAACUUUCGACUCGGUCGAGAAGGAUACUUUUGGAGGGAAUGUCCGGAACUACCGUGUCCGAACGACAUUCGGUUGUGUAUGCGCAGUAUGGGUGAGGAAUUCGAGAAAUUAUACUGUCGACAGUUCAGCUCAAUGACCGAUGCAUUGAAUAUCAGUCCGGCCAUCGCGUUUCCCACAUUUCACGAGGUCUGCGAAGAGCUUUUCAACGACGGUAUUACAUGGGGCCGAAUUGUUGCUCUGUACGCGUUUGGAGGCACUCUUGCAGUUCAGUUCUUGCGCAAGGGCAUGGAGGAACUGACGUCUUGUACGGCCGACUGGGUAGCCCAGUACACGCAGCAACAACUUUCUCAGUGGAUUGCCGAAAACGGCGGAUGGGUGUGUAGAAUUUUUUACUUCGCCUUUUUUUUAAACUACUUCGUCUUUUCGUUCGCUUUAUUUCGAAUCCAAUGA